UGGACGCAGCUGAACGGCCGCCCCCGGGCGGGGGGGGGGACCCGCUCGUCGCACCUCGCAUGUCCGCGGCGCCCGGGAAGUCGGAUGUGUACGGCCUUCCUCCCCCUCCUCCUCUCCUCCAUGGCCGUCGUGCUCCGGCUUCUCGGCCUCUCCGGGAGCGCUCCGAGGCCGGCGGGCAGCAGCGGCAGCUCCGCACGUCGCGAUCGCCGUAGCGAGGCUCGGCGCGGCUGCUUCCAGUGACCGCGCCCCAGCCCGGCCAUGUACCCCCAGGGCCGGCACCCGGCUCCGCACCAGCCGGGCCAACCGGGCUUCAAAUUCACCGUGGCCGAGUCCUGCGACCGGAUCAAGGACGAGUUCCAGUUCCUGCAGGCCCAGUACCACAGCCUCAAAGUGGAAUAUGACAAGCUGGCGAACGAGAAGACCGAAAUGCAGCGCCAUUACGUUAUGUACUACGAGAUGUCGUACGGUUUGAACAUCGAGAUGCACAAACAGACAGAAAUUGCUAAAAGGCUGAACACGAUUUUAGCCCAGAUCAUGCCUUUUCUGUCACAAGAGCACCAACAGCAGGUGGCCCAGGCUGUUGAGCGUGCCAAGCAAGUGACAAUGACGGAGUUGAAUGCUAUCAUCGGGCAGCAGCAGCUGCAGGCGCAGCACCUCUCGCACGCCGCGCACGGGCCGCCGGUCCAGCUGCCGCCGCACCCCUCGGGGCUCCAGCCGCCGGGGAUCCCGCCCGUCAGCGGCGCCGGCUCGGGGCUGCUGGCGCUGGGCGCGCUGGGCGGGCAGGCUCACCUGGCCGUCAAGGACGAGAAGAACCACCACGACCUGGACCACAGAGAGCGAGACUCGAGCGCAAAUAAUUCCGUGUCCCCCUCGGAGAGCCUGCGGGCCAGCGAGAAGCACCGGAGCUCCACGGAUUACAGCCUGGACUCCAAGAAGCGGAAAGCGGAGGAGAAGGACAGCAUGAGCCGAUAUGACAGCGACGGUGACAAGAGCGACGACCUGGUGGUCGACGUCUCCAACGAGGACCCCGCCACGCCGCGGGUCAGCCCAGCCCAUUCCCCCCCGGAGAACGGCCUGGACAAAGCGCGCGGGCUGAAGAAGGGGGACGCUCCCAACAGCCCGGCCUCCGUGGCCUCCUCCAGCAGCACUCCCUCCUCCAAGACCAAGGACCUGGGCCACAACGACAAAUCCUCCACGCCCGGCCUCAAGUCCAACACUCCGACGCCCAGGAACGACGCUCCCACCCCGGGCACCAGCAGCACGCCGGGGCUGCGGCCCAUGCCCGGCAAACCCGGCGGCAUGGAUCCCCUGGCCUCGGCCCUGCGGACGCCCAUCUCUCUGGCGGGCUCCUACGCGGCGCCCUUCGCCAUGAUGGGGCACCACGAGAUGAACGGCUCCCUGAGCAGCCCCGGCGCCUACGCGGGGCUGCACAACCUGCCGCCGCAGAUGAGCGCCGCCGCCGCCGCCGCCGCCGCCUACGGACGGUCGCCAAUGGUCGGGUUUGACCCACACCCCCCCAUGCGAGCCCCGGGGCUGCCCUCCAGCCUGGCCUCCAUCCCCGGAGGGAAACCCGCCUACUCGUUCCACGUCAGCGCCGACGGGCAGAUGCAGCCGGUGCCGUUCCCGCACGACGCGCUGGCGGGGCCGGGCAUCCCGCGGCACGCGCGGCAGAUCAACACGCUCAGCCACGGCGAGGUGGUGUGCGCCGUCACCAUCAGCAACCCCACGCGCCACGUCUACACCG